UUUUAAAACAUAGUUUGGGAUAUUUUGGUCAUUUUUGUUACAUCUCGUAUAUAAACUCCAUAACCCAAAUCAGAAAACCCUAGAGCCGGCUUCUCCCUCUGCGCAGGAAUUGGGAACAUUCGACAGGUAGAGUUUCUUCAAUGGCUCCUAAAGUUGAUAAGAAGAACGACCCAAAGGCACAGGCCUUGAAGACUGCUAAGGCAGUUAAGUCUGGUGCUACCUUUAAGAAGAAGGCAAAGAAGAUCCGAACUUCUGUCACUUUCCACAGACCGAGGACAUUGAAGAAGGAUAGGAACCCCAAGUACCCUCGCAUUAGCGCGCCUCCAAGAAAUAAGCUUGAUCAUUAUCAGAUCCUGAAAUACCCUCUGACCACUGAAUCCGCCAUGAAGAAGAUUGAGGACAACAACACUUUGGUUUUCAUUGUCGACCUGCGUGCCGACAAGAAGAAGAUCAAGGAUGCCGUGAAGAAAAUGUAUGACAUCCAGGCCAAGAAAGUUAACACCUUGAUCAGGCCUGAUGGAACCAAGAAGGCUUAUGUCCGGUUGACCCCUGAUUACGAUGCAUUGGAUGUGGCAAACAAGAUUGGGAUUAUCUAAGGUAGUACCUAGGCAGUUCUAUGGUUAUUCUUGGCGGAAACUUUUUAAAAAAAUGAUAGGUUCUAUAUUUUGUGUUUUGUUAUUUUGUAUGUUUUGGUUCCGUUGACACUAAGCAGACCUCGUGUUUCAAUUUUGACUAGAGAGUUGUUUAAAUUGAUGAUUGGAAUGAUCAUGUUAAAAUUUUCUAAUUAGUGAUUAUGCUACACGGAAUGUGAGGUUGAUGAGUG